GAUAUCCUUCUGUAUGCUAGUGCACUGAUUUGCUGCUGCGCGCACAUUUUGUAACCACCCUUCUGUAUGUUUUACUUGAUGCAGGAACAACAUAGGUACGAUGAAUGAAAACCAAAUUGUUGUUAGGCAUGAAUCAGAAGGUGGCAAGACUCCCACAACGGGUGACGAAUCACAAGAUGUUAGUACGAUUACAAAGACCAUUAAAGGCCGUGGUCCGUCAAAAGGUGUUAAAGUCGCUAAGCCUAUGUUCCUUGAGUAUAAUGUAUAUAAUGUCCCCGAUGGACAAUGGUCUCAUGAAUACGGGAAGCAAGUUGGGAGUUGUGCUACUAGAAUUAAUAUUAACGUCCCAUUAUAUCCAAAGGUAGAUGAGCAAACCAAGAAGGGGUUUUGGGAGGAGACUAAGCUUAUGUUCCACAUUACUGAUGACUCUAAUCAUUCGAGGGAGAAAUAUUUUCAUUCUUGUGUGGCGAAACGAUUUAGUUGUUUCAAGAGCAAGUUGGUGCGCCGAUGGAUAACUAUGAAGGAAAAGAAGCCAAAAAAUCAAACAAACAAGAUGCCUUGGGAUGUCUACAACCAUAUCACAGAGGAUGAUUGGAAGACUUUUGUUAAACAUUAUUUCCUGCCAUAGUCAUUGGUAAUGAUAAUAUUUCUUUAACUUGUCCUUAAAGAGUUUUUCAUGUAGCAAACUGACAUUGGUUCUAGGACAAAAAGUUAUCAGAAAAAACAUUUAUUUCCAUCUUUUUAUGUUGUCUUUGACAGCUUCGUAGUGAAAAGGCGAGGAAAAGUGCAUCAUGCAACAAGAACCCACAUCGCACCGGCCAAAAGGGUUAUAAUAGAAAGCGACUAGAUUGGAUAAAGGAUGGACGACUUCCACCAGAUGCAGCUUUACCUAUCUCGAGUAGCUCCUCGGUGAACUCAUCAGUGACCUUAAAUGUUAAUAGAGUUAGAAAAUACAGAUCAAAGGAGUGGAUUUUGGCCCAUCAAAUAAAAAAUAAAGAGGGAAAGUGGGAAAUUGACCCGAACGAUACAGAAGUUGUUGAAAUCGCAACAAAA